AUGGCAUUUGGUGCUCGCGGAGGUCGUGGUGGUCCGCCAGGUCGUGGACGUGGUGGUCCUCCUGGACGUGGCGGCAUGCGCGGUGGUGGCCGUGGUGGCAUGCGCGGCGGAGGUCGUGGCGGCGGUCGCGGUGGUGCUGGCCGUGGCGGUCGUGGCGGUGCUCGUGGCGGUCGCGGUGGUGGCCGUGGUGGCCGUGCCGGCCCCAAGGGCGGCUCCAACGUCAUCGUUAAGCCCCAUCGUCAUGAGGGUGUGUUUGUCGCUGAGGGAAAGGAACACCUUUUGGUGACCAAGAACCUGGUUCCUGGUGAAUCUGUGUACGGUGAGAAGCGCAUUACUGUUGAAACCCCUAGCACCUCGGGCGACGAAGAAGCUGCUACCACUGUCAAGACGGAAUACCGUGUGUGGAACCCUUUCCGUUCGAAGCUGGCUGCUGGUAUUCUCGGUGGUCUUGACAACAUUCACAUCAAGCCUGGUGCGAAGGUGCUCUACCUGGGUGCUGCUAGCGGUACCAGUGUGAGUCACGUUGCUGAUGUUGUCGGCCCUGAGGGUAUUGUAUACGCCGUGGAAUUCUCCCACCGAUCCGGUCGUGACUUGAUUAACAUGGCGAAGAAGCGCACGAAUGUAAUUCCUAUUAUCGAGGACGCUCGUCACCCAGCAAAGUACCGUAUGCUUGUUGGUGCUGUCGAUGUCGUUUUCGCAGAUGUCGCGCAGCCUGACCAGGCUCGUAUUGUUGCCUACAACUCGGAGUACUUCUUGAAGAAUGGCGGGCAUGCCGUGAUUUCGAUCAAGGCUAGCUGCAUUGACUCCACCGCUCAGCCGGAGGCUGUGUUUGCCGAGGAGGUUAACAAGCUCAAGAAGGCCUCUUUCCGCCCUCGUGAACAGCUUACAUUGGAGCCUUACGAGCGAGACCACGCUAUGCUGGUUGCUCAAUACCAGAGGCACAAGUAA